AUGUCGUGGUUCACAUCAUGGUUCACGUCGUCCAAAGCUUCUGUGGCUCCCCCAGGCGGUCAGACCCCAGCCGCUGAGAAGCGCAUCCUCGAAGAACCUGUGAAGCCGGCCGAGCCUCCUACCGAAGCACCCAAGCACAUCACAUCGCAACCCACGCAGAGCGAGCGCUUGAACAGGAACAAACUCAUCUUCGGAGCUGGCGCCGUAUUCUUCGCUUUCUCCCUCCUCGUCACUCGAAGAAGCCUCGCGCGGAAACGGUUGGCUGCCAACCCGGCCUUCUACGCCAACGCCCCGGGCCACCAGGCAGAACAGGCGAAGAAAGUGAACGGUGCCAUGGAGGCUGUUGAAGCACUGAACAUUGCGACGAUCAAUGUCCUCAGUCUGUCGAUGAUGGUGACGGGAGGGGCUCUGUGGUACCUCGAUAUCAACAGUUUGGCAGAGGCGCGGAGGAAGUUAAGAGGUGGGCUGGGCGUCGAUGGGACAGGCAAGUCGGAGAAAGAAGCAGAAGAGGAGUUUGAGGAAUGGAUGGCGACAGUACUGGCGCGGAAGGAAGCGAAAGGACAGCCACCUUCGCAGACGAAUGAACGGGGGCAGGGGAGGUGA